AUGGAUCUGGUGCAGAAGAAAGUCAAGAUCUCUGAUGAUGCUGACGAGGCUGAUGCACCAUCAGAAGUAGCUGCCAAUGUGAGCGAAAGCACGCGACGUGUACCUCAUCUCGGAACUGAAGCAGUUGGCCUAUGGAAAAAUCUCACUGCAUGCUUCGUGGAUAUCAACAGACCCCAAACUCUCGAUCCACAACGUGCGGUCAUCUCUGUCUUGCGUGUCGCCUCCCUCAAGAUUCAGCCCAGCGACAGUCUCUUGGACUGGCUGGCCCAUUAUGCGGCAUACACCGUCGAUCAACUUCAACAUCAUCCCUCUUUUCACGAUCUUCUUGAAGCCGCUCCUGCCCUGUGCUCGAGCAUGAUGAAUAGAUUAAGACCGGCUUCAGCUGCUCCUUGGCAAAGUCAGACUUCGAAACAUAGAUUCCCACCCUACAAGCCGGGCAGCUAUGAGGAACAAUGUGAGUGA